ACAUGACGCUAGCUCGGCGCUUGCGCGACGCGCUCGGGAGCCAAAUGCCGGGCGCGGACAGCCGCAGCACGCCGUGCGGCAGCCCCCCGGACCGCCGCCGCGCGCGGAAGCGGCAAGAGGGCAGCCGGACCAUGGUUGUAUGGGCCCGAACCCUCCUGCUGCUCGCCGUGAGCGCCGCAGCAGAGGACCCCCACCUCGCCCGCCUGCGGCAGGCGGCCCAGCUCCAGAACGACGGCCGCCUUGCCGAAGCCGUCCCCAUCUACGAGGACGUGCUGCGGCAAGUUCCGAACCAUCCCGACGCCCUCCAUUUGUCGGGCCUCGCGGCUUUGGCGGCCGGCGACGCCGUGAAGGCGAAGGAGUUGGUAGAACGGGCGUCUUCCUUGAGACCGAACGACCCGACCAUGCUGUCGAACCUGGGGGAAGUGUAUCGGAGUAUUGGCGACGCCCAGACGGGCGUGGCCUUGCUGAGGAGAGCAGUCGCGAUUGCCCCGCAAGACCUCGGUGUCAAGCGCAACUUAAUUGCCGUGUUGUGGGACGCGCAGCUCUACGCGGAGUUCUGCCAGGCGUCCAGAGAAUUAUUAGAACAGAUUGGGGUUUCGCUCGACUCCCCACAACGAGCGGCCGACCCGAACUUCCACUUCGUCGAGCGACGAGCCCGCUUCGACGUCGCCGACUCGGCCCAGCGCCACCGCUGCCAUGGGGCGAGUGAUGAUGAUGCGUUUCGGUGGUUCGAGUAUGCUCUAAAAGCCUACCCCGAGGACGCGCGGCUCUGGAUCGGUGCUGGGGUGGCCGCCCACGCCAAGGGUUUGCUGGACGUGGCCGCGGAGAGAUAUGAAAGAGCCUAUACCCUGGCGGCGAGCGACACGACUCUGGCGGAGGAUCAACGCCACGCGUUCGUCCUCCAAGCGAGAGUGAAUAGAGCGGCCAUCGACCACGAGCGGGGCCUGUCGGAACUAGCGAUCGAGGGCUACGAGGCCGUCUUGAGGUUGGAACCGGAGCACGCGCAAGCCUUGAACAAUUUGGGAGCUGCUCUGGUCACCGUAGGAAGACACGACGACGCCGUGAAGGUGCUGGAAAAGUGCCUGGAGGUCGAGCCGGGCCAGGUCCAGGCGCUGACGAAUUUAGCGGCCCAUUGGGCGAACGAAGGCUACUUAGAAAGAGCCUCACUGUUAAACAACCGAGCCAUCAAGCUCUACCUGCAGCGAGACCCGCGGCGGGCCGCGGGGCUGUUUGCGCGCGAGGCCUUCGCCAUCCGGCCCAUCGUGGAAGACGCUGCCGCGAUGUACGCCGCACGCUUAGACUUUGCGAGGCGCGUUGCAUCUCUAGAGUGGCUCCUACAAAGAAGGACCUUAAUAAUAGACGAUCCGGUGGUGGAGGUCGAGCACGUGCACUUCUACCUCCCGUACCCCGGCUUGGACGAUCGGCCGCUGCAGGAGGCCGUCGCGCGGUGUUACGAGAGGAUGAUCCCGCAGCUCGCGGGACCGGUCCCGGGCCUCUCCCCGGAACCCGUACGAGUGAGACGAGCACGAAUAGGCUUCCUGUCGAAGCUGUUCGCCGAGCACGAGCCGCACGGGCUGUUGUUGGAAGGUGUGGUGCAGCACCUGCCCCGAGAUCGAUUUGUCGUCGUAGUCUUACCGGUGGCCUCGCCGGGGCGAGACGCGGCCUCGGAACUGCUACGAUCGUCAGCUGAUGAGUUAAUAGAGCUCGGCCUGAACAUGCGCGAGAACCGCUUGACAUUAAUCAAGGCGAAGCUGGACGUUUUGGUGUUUGCGGACAUGCUGUCGGAGCCCAUGUCCUACUUUUUGGGGUUCUCGCGCUUCGCCCCCGUCCAGGUCUGUUUUUGGGGCAACCCGCUGACGACCGGUCGUUCUUCCAUAGACUAUUUUGUGUCAGCGGAUCGCAUGGAGCACCCUUACCGAACGUUAGCUGGAGACGAGUGGAGCGAGCAGGUCGUGUUGCUCGAUGGCCAGGGCAUCUGGUACCGGCGACCUUCCAUACCGGAGGGCUUGCCCUAUCCUAAUCGCGAGGCGGCCGUUGCUGCAAGGCAAGCUCUAGGAUUGCCUCAAGGCGACUGGCCGCUGCUACUCUGUCCCCAGUCCGUCUUCAAGCUGCACCCCCACUUCGAUACUGUGGUGCGAAGGAUCCUGGAAGCGACAACUAAUGCAAGGGUCGUCUUCACGGCCGGGCGGAGGCAGGCGUGGACGAAGGUGCUCGUAUCAAGAUUAGAAAAAACUCUGGGCCCCUACAAGUCGCGGUGCGCCUUCGUGCCGCGGCAGAUGCCCGGCGCGGACUAUUAUAAACUGCUCGCUGUUGCUGAUGUUUUACUGCAUCCCUUCCCUUUUGGUGGUAGCCGGACGUCGGCCGACGGGUUGGCGCUGGGCGUGCCCGUCGUCGUGCGGCCGACGACGCAAUUGCGGUGCCGCAUGGCCUACUCCUUCUACGCGAGCAUGGGCCUCACUCAAAAGAACUGGACCCUCGUCGCGUCGACUACGAACGACUACGUUUCUUUCGCCGCGAGGCUCGCGAAUGAUGUCGAGCACCGCAGGACGGUGGCCGCGGCCGUCGCGGCCCGGCAGCACGUCAUCUGGGAGGACCGGAGCGUCGUCCUGGGCUGGGCGCGGUUCUUGGCGCGCGUCUCCGGUCAAAGGCCGGUGGCGCCGGCGGACGUCGGCCUGGAGGGCGACGACUACGAGGCGGAGGACGAGGCACCCGUGGCGCCGGCGGACGUCGGUCUCGUGGAGGAGGACGCCGCGGCGAUCGCGGCGCACGAGCGCCUUGACCGGCUGUACCGGGACGACACAAUUAUUGAGGAGAAGCGGCGCGCCCUGCAACCACAAAAACCGAUCCCAGACGUGCCAAGGGAGCGCUCGGACCAGCCGCGGCCGCCCGAGGCCCUCGAGGCCGCGCGGCUCUACGAGCAAGGUGACAUCCGAGGCGCGGCCAGGCAGCUCGAGAUGUUGAUAAAAAGGUGCUAUCCCCAGGGCGGCGCCGACUGCCCCGACGAGGCGAAGGUGCGGAGCGACCUCGGCGCCCAGUACCACCAGUCGGACCGCUGGGAGGAGGCCGUCGUGCAGCUGGAGCGGGCUGUUGAGUUGGAGCCGACGAACGGCGUCGCGCUGAACAACCUGGCCGUGACCCUCAAUACCUUGGGACGGGCGGACGAGGCCGAUGAUGUGUAUGAGCGGGCGCUCCGGGCCGUGAAGGCGCGCAUGGCCCCGUCGCUAUUCCGAGUCGAAUCUUAUGUGUGGGACCGCCUGCCGGACGCGCGGGUGCCUUUCUGAGGGCGCGGCCCCGCGUCCCGGAAGCAGCGCCCCGUCCGCCGCGGGCUCGCCUGAGAGCGCGUCGGCGACGCGCCGGCCCCGGGCGCAGGUCGGCCACCGGAUUUGAAGAGAAGCUCCUCGGCGUCCUGUCGGACAAGGACUCCUGGGACUACGCCACGGCGCUGUUUAACAGCGCGAACCAGCUCCGCGACCGGGGCGAUUAUGAAGGGGCCGCAUCAAAAAUCCGCCGGGGCCUCAAGGAGGUUAUAGAAGGAGACGCCCUGCUCGCGCUCGUGCGGGCCGAGAACCAUCGUUCAAGAGACGACGCGCGGCUGGCGUCCCUCCGCCAGCUGGGCAUCGCCACGAACUCGCUCGCGGUCCUCGACGACUACCUGCGGAACGCGUCCGAGAACUGGUACUCUUCCCAAGCGUUCCCGCCGCCCUACAGUUUGUUGGGGAGGGACGAGGGGCCGCCGUCGGACGAGGAACUGGCGCCGCUGGGCGGCGAGGCGACGGGCUUCGAGCUCAUCACGCAGGUCUACGAGCCGGCCGAUCAAGUACGGCGCAUGGAGGUCGCGUUCGCGUUGGCGAAGAACCUGCGCAAUGCGAGGAUACGCAAGGUCCACGUGCUGGCCGAGAACGGGCGCGACGGGCGCUUCGCGUCUACGGUAGCGGCGCUCGUCGGCGCGACGCACGUCCACGUGCAAAUACUCGGGCGGCGGCUGCGGUUCUCGGACGCGGAGGGCUACGCGGCGGCGUCGCUGCCGCGCCGGGCCGUCAUCCUCAGCAACGCCGACGUUUUUUUUGAUGAAGACAGUUUGCGGCGGCUCGGCGACGCGAGGACGCUCGACCUCGACCGGCGCGUCCUCGCUUUGCUUAGAUGGGAGUGGACUUGCGGGUUCGACGUGGAAGGCAUGGACCUGAAGACGCUCGUCGCGGCGGCGGCGGCAACGGACGCUAUCGAGGAGCGGUGCCUGCGGCUCCGCGCGCGCGCUGACUCUCAGGACGCCUGGAUCUUCCGCGCGCCGGUGCCGCCCCUGGCGACUUUCGACACGGAGUUGGGAAGGGCGAAGUGCGACAACCGCGUCGCGUUCGUCCUCGGGGCGGCGGGCUACGACGUCGCAAACCCGGCCUUCGCGCUGCGGCCGCGCCACGUCCAGCGCGUCCUCUUCGCCAACGGCACGGCGCCCCCCCCGAAGGCGGCGCGGAGCUACACGUCGCCGGACGAGGCGCGAGGUGCGACGCGCUACGUGCCGCUCGCGGACCAGUGGGUCUUCUAAGUUUUGUCUGUUGUUCGA